GUCUUGCUUCAGUGCUCUAAACAGAUUCCUUAUCUCGACUACUCGCGUCAUGGAGGAUAACAUACACAAACCUUUACAACUUAUUAAUCCUCCUUUCGGUCAUCGACUCCUACCACAAAUUAUCGAUGAGCGCGCCAGCGCGCGCCAUGCUAGACCAUAUGCUGCAAUUCCUAAAUCGACUGAUAUCCAGCAAGGCUUCGAUGAAGUCAGCUAUGUCACUUUCGCUAAUGCCAUCAACCGAUGUGCACAUUGGCUGGUGAAGUCGCUGGGGCGGCCAUCGUCGACCGAGGUCAUUGCGUACCUAGCCACUCCCGAUUUGCGGUACCAAAUCUUGGUCAUGGCUGCUGUGAAAGCAGGGUAUGUGGUGUGUACAUGUUCAGUCUAGAAGACUUCUCAAUCCAAAUCUAAUAGUAUUGCAGAUGUUUUUCCCCUCGCCACGCAACACAGUCGAGGCCUUCCAAUCACUGUUCGAGGAUGCUGGAGUGACCAAAAUCAUUUCUCUGUCACAACCCUUGCCUGUAGUUCAGAGUAUCCUCAAGAAGAGGCCAAUGCAACUUCUCGCUAUGCCCAGCUUAGAAGAGCUUCUUGAUGACGAACAAGUCCCGCCCAUGCCAUUCAAAGGCACGUUUGAAGAUCAUCGCUUUGAACCACUGCUUCUCUUGCACACCUCUGGAUCUACAGGUAAUCCAAAAGUCAUCACUUUGAAGCAUGGCCUUUUUGCGACAAUCGAUGGGUGGGGUCACCUUCCUGGAAGCCAGACAAUUCCACUAUAUGGUAACAAAAGACUGUUUUCUCCAUUCCCACCCUUCCAUAUCGCGGGCUUCAACUAUACGGUAACGGUUCCAUGUUAUGUCGACUCCACUGCAGUUUUGCCGCCGUCUGGAGUACCCAUCAACACAGAUCUAAUCCACGCUAUACACACUCAUGGAUCGGUGAAUUCAUCUAUUCUUCCCCCAUCCAUAGUCCAAGAGCUCGUCCAGAACGACGAAUAUUAUGAAUCACUGCGUCGUCUUGAUGGGCUUACAUUUUCUGGAGGACCCUUAUCAGAACAUACAGCGGACUUGGUGAAUCGCCAAACCAGCCUAGCGUCUUCCAUGGGUGCCACGGAGUAUGGAGGCCUGCCGGUCAAUGCGAAAGAUGCUGAGGACUGGGGCUAUUUUCGUUUUGAUGAGACAGGAGCCGGCAUCGAAUGGCGAGAAAGCGGCCAAGAGGGUUUAUAUGAACUUGUCUUUGUCCGUCGACCAGAGCUAGAUUAUCUUCAAGGCGCAUUCGUCACAUUUCCCGACCUGGAUGAAUAUCACACCAAAGACAUUUUCUCAAAACAUCCCUCCAAACCCAAUCUUUGGAAGUACGAAUCUCGUCUCGAUGAUAUUAUCAUUCUGAGUAAUGGGGAGAAUCUCAAUCCAGUCCCGAUGGAGAGAAUCUUGCAGGGAUGUUCUGCUGUCAAGGGUGUUUUGAUUUAUGGUCAAGGUAGGUUUCAGACCUCGUUGUUGGUCGAGCCAAAAUCCCACGAGACUUCAUACGAGGAACUCUUGAGCCAGCUCAAACCUUAUGUCGAACAGGCGAACCGUAUAUGCCCUACGUAUGGCAGGGCUUCACUGGAGUUGUUGGUGGUUACGGCUCCUGACAAACCUUUGCUGAGAGCAGCAAAGGGAACGGUGCAAAGAGCAAAGUGCUAUGCUCUGUACAAUGACGAGCUAGAUGCACUGUAUUCCAAAGCACCACCACAGGAGAAAGACGACCGAAUGCCCAUAUUGCAACUUGACAAACAAUCCUCAUCGGAGGAUUCGCUUAUGAGAUAUGUGAGCAGCAUGCUGGGUAUUGAAGAACAUGACAUCAACAUAACGGACGACAUCUUCACGUUUGGAAUGGACUCGUUGCAUGUCUUGACGUUCGUAAGAGAUAUCAAUAAGGCUCGAGGUGCCAGCAAGGAACCCGUCAACCAGACCUUCAUUUAUGAGAAUCCGACUGUCCAGAAGCUUGCUGCUGCAUUGACGUCGGGCGUCCGCAUCAAGGGCUACUCUGACUUCGAUCCCGAUAACGAAGACGAAAAGCGCACAUGGCUGCUCAUGGAAGAGGUUUUCCAACAAGGACGGGCGCGACUGGUGAAUACUUACGGUCAACCUGGAGGCGAGAAGAAGAGGGCUUUGAGGGAUAUUGUACGUUCCUCGGCACCAGCUCCACUGUACCCUGUCGACGGAGGUACUACUGCCUGGCUGCAAGUUCUCGGUGCAUUCCUCGUCAACAUGAACAAUUGGGGCCUUGUCAACUCGUUUGGUGUCUACCAAGGAUACUACCAAUCCACUUUGUUGGCCGAAUUCAGCCCUGGCUCCAUCUCUUGGAUUGGAACGCUCCAGGGCUCCCUUCUCCUUAUCGUUGGCGUUCUCUCAGGUCCGUUGUUUGACAAGGGUUACUUUCGCUGUAUCCUCAUCACUUCUGGAGUUGGGGUAGUUUUCGCUCUAAUGAUGCUGAGUCUUGCGCAAACCUACACUCAGAUUAUUCUCUCGCAAGGUGUCUUGCUGGGAUUGUGUCUGGGCUUCCUAUACGUGCCCAGUGUCGCUUUGAUCCCGUUGUACUUCAAAUCUUGGCGCGGAGUGGCACUUGGUCUUGCGACAGCUGGUGGUUCGUUUGGCGGCGUUGUUUACCCUUUGAUGUUCCGCUAUUUGCUCAUCAGCUAUGGGUUUGCGUGGGCCAACCGAAUCAUCGGUUUUGUGGCACUGGCAACCAUAGGCAUUUCCAUUGGGUUGAUCCGCCCAUUGGGGCCCCGCUCGACUCGUCAGCUGAUCGAUCUGGCUGCCUAUACCGAUGCGCCGUAUGUUGUGUUUACAAUUGCUGGUUUUCUGCUCUUUUCAGGAAUUCUCCUCCCUUUCAUCCUAAUCACGACAUAUGCUUCGACGACCUUGUCUUUACCCACGGAGGAUGUUUCCUAUCUUCUCAGUAUUCUUAAUGCAGCACAGUUUUUCGGCCGCACUUUGCCUCCGCUUGUGACGGAUUGGGUCGGUCCAGAAAUACUUUUGUUGGGGGCUGAAGUGGCGGCCAGCAUUGUCGCGUUUUCUUGGAUAGCUGCGAGAUCUCUUACGGGCAUCACACUUUGGAUCAUUGUGUAUGGAUUUCUCUCAGGCAUGGCAGUGACGCUACCAGCCAUUGUGCUUCCAUAUAUCACGCCGUCCAUGUCCUUGUUGGGGACGCGGCUGGGUAUGGUGUACGCUGUUGCGGGGAUUGGCUAUUUGAUCAGUGCGCCAGUGGCUUUUGCGCUGAACGGAUUGACGUCUGGGUUCCUCGGGGCGCAGGUAUGGAUGGGGACGUGUUGCAUCACAGCAGCUGGGUUCUACAUAGUGGCUGCCAGGGAGGCACGAAAGAGGAGGAGGCUCUACGAAGCGAAUGGAGCCAACACGUCGCUGUGGCGAAAGAGGAAGGAGAAGCAGGGGGUGGACAAGAUGGGCUGAUGUAGAUAGUGUAUUGGAUCUGUGAAUGAGCUAGUAAUUUACAAUGCGU